AUGCCCCUUCCAUGCCCGGCUCCUGGGCGCACGCGGGUCCGGACCCCUCUGCCUCCGCCCCCGGGGAGCCCAGCCCGGGCUGCGGCCCCGCGGGUCUCGGCGGGCGGGCAGGGCGCGGCGAGGGCGAAGGGCGAAGGGCCAGCAGCGGCCUCGGCGGCCGCGUGUGGCGGGGGCCGUAGGGGGAGGACGCGGGCCGAGGGGGAGGGCUCACAUCUCGGCGAAGUUCCCGGAUGGUCGCAGCCUCCCCGCGCGGAGCGCUUUUCCUGCCCGCCCCGGCUCAGCCCUGCGGACCCGGAGAGAAGUUUGCCAGAAAAAAAUGCCCCGCGCGCCGCGGGGCCGAGGAGCCGCCCGGAGCCGCCGCGCGGUAAGGGAGCCGCGCCCAGCCAUGCAGGACCAGGGCGUCCGCGGAGUUGGGGGGCGGACGGGCGGGAUGCCGGGGCCGCGAUCCCCGCUCGGGCCCGCGCGGGAGGAAGGGGCGGCGGCAGUCCCCGGGCUCUGGACGCAGCGCUCCCUGAUGAGCGCUGCUGGGCUGCACCGCCCCGAGGCCGCCCGCGGUCGGGACCCGACCUAACCGCGGUCUUCCCGUGA